AUGGGUACAAUUUCUCAUUUCAUGCCAUUUGUUCUGGGUCUGGUUUCUAUGACUUCAAUAGCAGAGGGAGAUCGAGAGCCGCCUACUGAACAACGCUUGCAUCAGUUCCUGCUGCAGUACCAACAGCAGCGACAGUGGUUUCAGGGAAAGCAGCAUCAUCACAUUAUUGGUGGUGGUGGUGGUGGUGGUGGUGGUGGUGGCGGAGGUGUUGUGGCGGUGGUGGUGACAGUGGCAAUAGCGCCGUUAAUAUUAAUCCAUGUUCUUCUAAUUCAGCGCAACUCCUACAACAAGUUGGUGAUGCCAGAGGGCUAUACGAUUAACGGAACGGCGGACAGCAAGUUGACCGUGAAACUGGGGAUGAGACUUUCACAGUUACUCGAUGUGUCCGAGAAAAACCAGAUCUUAACAACGAAUCUUUGGCUUCGACAUGAGUGGGUGGAUAUCCGUCUACGUUGGGACCCGCAGUUGUUCUCCGGUAUCCUGAGUACUUUUAUUCCCUCUUCAGAACUCUGGAGGCCCGACAUCACUCUUUAUAACAACGCUGAUGGUGACUUUGUGGUGACAUUGCUUACGAAGGCCAAGGUUUAUUAUACCGGCCUAAUAGUCUGGGAGCCCCCGGCCAUCUACAAGACCUACUGUCCUAUCAACGUCGAGUAUUUCCCGUUCGAUCAACAGGAAUGCUUCAUGAAGUUCAGCUCAUGGACAUUUGAUGGGCAUCAGAUCGACCUUCAGCAUGUUCAGGCGGAAGAGGGAGUGUGGGUUGGCGACCAACUGGUGAUCAGGAACGGUGUUGACCUGUGCGACUACUACCAGAACGUCGAGUGGGACAUAAUCAACGUCACAGCAAGGCGCAGGGAAAAAUUUUACCCAUGUUGUCCAGAGCCCUUUCCCGAUAUCACUUUUAACAUCACAAUACGACGGAGAACGUUGUUCUAUACCAUCAAUUUAAUCAUGCCGUGUGUGGCCAUCUCUUGUAUGACCGUUCUUGUGUUUUACCUUCCUAGUGAUUCUGGCGAGAAAAUCACAUUGUCCAUCUCCAUUCUUUUGGCAUUGACCGUGUUUUUCUUGCUCUUGUCUGAUAUCAAUCCGCCAACAUCAAUUGUCAUUCCCUUAAUAGGAAAAUAUCUGAUGUUUACAAUGAUAGUAGUGACUUUGUCCAUAUUUCUUACGGUCUACACACUUAGUAUACACUUCCGAUCACCUGCUACACAUAGAAUGUCACCUUGGGUGAAAUGGAUGUUUAUUGACACUCUCCCAAAGAUAAUUUUCAUGAAACGACCUUCGCAACAGAAAAUGAAUAGAAGAUAUAUAAGAACUGAAAAUGGCACAGAAAUUAGAGACAAACCGAUAGGCACAUCAACUUUACGAGAAAGGCAUGACACAAUAGAUUCAAACAAAAGUCAGCCAAAUUAUGAGAACCUUCGAAGGCGUACUGAUGAAUCCUCUGUCGGCAUCUACCCUCCAGAACUAAGGGAGUCGUUGAAAGCGGUGAACUACAUUGCUGAUCAUUUGCAUGAUCAAGACGUUGAAAUGACGGAGGAGAGAGACUGGAAUUAUGUUGCCAUGGUUCUGGACCGUAUAUUCCUGAUCUUCUUCUCGACCGCAUCUGUCCUUGGAACCACCAGCAUAUUCCUUCUACCCCCUACACUAUAUGACUCUGCAGUGGCGUUAACAAAAGACAACGUCAACUGUUAGCGUUGAUAGGUGGCUGAAUAUUAACAAUAAAUAGAUAUUAAAAAAUAUGUGUGUCAAACUUUUUCAGUGGGACGUCGGAUGUCAGACCUAUACAUUUAUAAAAUUAUGUAUAGUUAGUGGUACAGUCUUGCUGUUUCGUUCGUUGUCUAAAAUGUUGAUGAUUAAACCGUUAAAUGGUAAAAUGUAAUAUGUGU